AUUUAUUUGUUAUUGUUUGUGCUUGUGGUUGUUUUCUAGUGUAGGUGUUAGUCAGUCUUUGAUAAUGGUAAACUGUAGGGUCUAGAUAGGUGAGUGAAGGUCGUAAAGUUGGUGGCGUUAAUCCGAAUCCUUAGAGCUACGUGUUGUGAGUAUUCAUAGUGGUGCUAAAACUCUCUCAGACACACAAACAGACGGGUUCACAGCCAUUCGUAUCCAGUUGUCUAAAAGUCACUACUCUGCCUGGGUAAAGCUCCAUUUAAGGUCUUUACCAGUCAAAUUAUGCUAGUGGGUUAGAGCCAGGUGAAGCUGUGGGCGUCACAACUUAACUUCAAUAACGCGUGUGAGAGUUGUAGUUCCCUGCACGCUGACGGGGCGAGGUUGCUUGAUCUAGAGGCUCAGCGGAGACAGAGACCUCCCUCACGAGGCUCUCCAAGGGCCUUUGAAGUGAGCUCUACCUCCCUCCAGAGUGCUGACUCCUCGAGUACUGUGUCAGCCGCUGCCAAAGAACGGGGAACUGCUAUUUAGUGCCGUCACACUCGAGCUUGUGAGGCAGCUAAACAACUCUUUGACGGUACUGGAGACGGUCGGGUGACAGUGACAGCUACUGUGUGUGCUAACAGACAGAUUGUCGGCGACGUUUUUAUGUAAAGUAGUGAGAGUGAGAGCUGCACUAUGUCUUUCUUGUUACACUUCAGUAACUACCUCAUCGGUGGCAAUGUUCCCAUUGAUGACGGGGUAGACAAACUGAACAGAAAGUACACCAUCCUCAUCCUCAUCUGUCUGUCACUCCCGCUGGUCACCAAGCAGUUCGCUGGUGACCCCAUCGAGUGUUUCACCCCCACCUACUUCACAGAGCCGCAAUCGAGGUACGUUAAUUCGUACUGCUGGACGGCGAGUACAUAUUACAUCAUCCCGGUGGACGAGAAUGCGAGAGAGCAAGUCACUCGGGUACAUUCUGUUAAAUUCGAUGACGAAGGCGGCUCCACCGCCAUCAAGGGGGAGCGUAUUAAGGUCAACUACUACCAGUGGGCCCCCAUCAUCCUGCUGGUCGAGGCGGGAUUAUUCUAUGUUCCUUUUGCUAUCUGGAACUCGACGGCUAAGAACUCGGGUAUCAAAGUAGGUCGCCUGCUGAAGAAGGUCUCAGUUAUCUCACAGUACACACCCGGCCACCCAGACCGCGACGCGCUUAUCGCCGAGUUCCUGGACCAGUUUAACACGCUUAUGGGCGUCUCAAAGUGCUGUCCAGGAACCGUCUGUAAGUUCGAUUGCAAUCUGGCUUGCGGCGGGAAUCCCUCUUCCUCGCUGUUCGUGCUGUACAUGAUCGUCAAGAUUAUGUACGUCUUCAACAUCCUGAUGCAGUACUUCCUGUUGACGGUGUUCCUGGGGAAGGGUUAUCUCUUCCACGGCAUCGAGGUGGUGGAGAAACUCAUCAACAAAAAGGAGUGGUGGACGUCGCCACGCUUCCCUCUACAGACCCUCUGUCAGGUGCUGGCAGCUCAGCAGGGCUCCCUGCGUACCUACACCUGCCAGUGCGUCUUGCCCAUCAACCUUUUUAAUGAGAAGAUAUUUUCAUUCAUCUGGUUUUUCUUCGCCAUUCUGUUGCCAGUGACGAUCUACAGUGCCCUCAUCUGGGUAUGGAGAACCUUCACGUGCUCGAGGAUCGCCUUCGUGCACUAUUACCUGUGGCGGACGAGGCGUGUGGGAAAGGAAGACCUGUAUAACAACGCCCGCAAGAUGGCGGUACAAUACCUGGGUUGGGACGGGUGUCUGGUCCUGCGGCUGAUAGAGAUGAACCACGGCGGCACCAUCCUCACCGUCCUCACAGAGCGCCUCUGGGAGUUUUACGAGGGCAUGGAGAGGGCGCAGCAGGAUGGUGGUGACCCCGAGGCCUUUCUAAGUCAGCGGCCACCGAUCUUCGCGUGCGGGCCCUACCCUCCCCCAGGCCCUUCCACCGUCACGCCCACGCCCACGGGUACUUACGGCUUUUAUGGGAAGCACUUCCUGCCGGGAACGCCCGGAGCGUACCCAGGUUACAUGUGGAACCACCAAGACAUGGCCACGCCUGGGUACUCCAGCUACCCCAGGAUACGUGGUAAGAUAAGGUAACGCAGCUCUCCCUGUGCCUAAGACCCCACCUGUCCCAGUACACGGUGCAUCACCUACCCCAGUACACGGUGCACCACCUGCCCCAGUACACGGUGCACCACCUGCCCCAGUACACGGUGCGUAGUAGUACAAGGACCACCACCUGAUCCAAGCCUACACUACUGUCACCCACACAUACCCAAACU